GGUCCAAAGUUGAGGAGGCCGAAAGGAUUUUUUUCCAAAUUCUAAUAUUUACAAUAUUUGGCCCAAUAAUUCCAUUCAAGCCCAAAUCAUCCAACCCAUGCGGCAGCAACGUAGCUCAUGCCUCCACCGCCGGUCCCUACUCCUGCGUGACUGCGCCUCCGCGUGGUGCUGCGCUGCCACGGCCGCUCGCGCCUCUGCCGGCCUGUGCCCCAGCCUAACGCCGCCUGCCUGCCUCUGAUUCUGGCGGACCCUUCCUGGAAGCUGGCCUUCGCAGGGUGGGAUCUCGUUCUGCCAGGACCCAUCGCGGGCGCGACCUUAUCCCGGCCGCUCGGUGCAGCUCCGUAGCCCGAAUCCGGCGGUCACCGGCCAGCGCCUACUGCUUCUCGCCUGGCCACCCUGAUGCGUGUGGGUACUGCACAUGCACUGCGAGCGGCAGGGGGGGCACGGGCACCAGCCGCAGCACGCACUCUUUCUGACCGAAAGGGGAUACUGCCUUCUUUUCAGCACAAACGGCCACUUAGAGUCACUUGGCGACAUUAUGAUUCGAGGGAACUUCAAGUUGUUGAGAAAUUCAGUUGGGUACAUAUGCUCCAUGCCGCUGCUUGUAGAUGCUUUGCACACGCUGUCUGAGCUAUGGCAACUCCAUCCUUCUGUUGGUACGGUAUUUCAAGUGUGAAUCCAUCCUCUCCGUAUGGGAAUAGUAGAGGGUAUUGCAUUGCCAUGAGUUUUGGAUGAAUUUCUGAUAUUCUUUUUGGCCCCACAUCCUUGUAUUCGAUAAUUAUAUCACGCCCCUGUGUUUUGUCAGUAGGAUCUUUGAUGACCAAUGCUGCAACCUCGUCUGCUCCUGGCAAGCCGUGAGUUCCUCUUCUAUUUCGGUCUCCUAUUAGCUUCAAAGUGUAAUCAUGGUAGUCUAAGUUUUUUAAUUGUUCUCUUGCCAUUCGAAAUGACUGAGCUAGGACAUUGUUUUCAUCUAGCAUGCUUUGAAGGCCGGAAACAAUGCUGGGAUCAAGAGGUGUUUUUCCAUCACCGCAUCUUGUUGCGCUUAUUCUGUUUUGUACCUCAUUCUCAGUGUCGUAGAUGUAUAGCUGUGCCCAACGUGGCUUGCUUCCUUCUUCAGGUAGAAGAGUUCCAAUGUGGUGAUAGUUCUGGCCAUGCAUGCGGAAGACAUAUGGUCCAUGACCUUUGUUUAUUUCUUUAUCCACAAUUCCUCCUGUGGAUGUGAAUGAGAACAUUGAGUUGUAAGACCUGAUGUUUUCUCUGUAGUUCUUUGAAUCUUUUCCAUCACCUGUUGCGAGAUUGUCAAGGUAAGAUGGAGGCUUCUUUCGUGGAGGCAGUUUGAUUUUUCCUUGUUUGCAGCAGAUUCCAAAAGCUGGCCUUUUAGUUCCUACUUUCAGCCUUAGUCUUUCUUCGUACCAUAACAGAGCAUUGUAGUAUUGGCAUCUGUGUGUUGGUUUUCCAAAGUUCCAGACCUUAGUGUCUGCAUCUUCUGAUACUGUGCUACUGCUAGGUUCUUGGCUGUUGGCAUCUUCACAUAUGUGGUCGUUGUCUGUUCUUGCACGCCUCUUUUCCUUUUUUUUGUUUAAUUAUUUCUUUACUCUUCAUUCUAGCCACUCUUGAUUUUUUCGUGCUGUCUUCCUCUCUAGUCACUGAUCUUUUUUUGUUUUUUUUUUGAGGUCAAGUUGUUCCUUCCUUCUCUUCCUAUUCUUUGAUGCUUGUUCUUUUAGCUGGUUUUCCAUUGGUCCUGCAAUUGAGUUUUGAAACUGAGUUAAUGCGCAAAUUUGGUUGUAUAUGUAAUUCUCAUUAUAUCCUUAUCUUCGUGCAAUGUUUUUUCAGGCAUCAAGAUUUAAAAAGAAGUGGACAUGUACCAAUUUAUUUUGAUUGCUGGGAUUGAUGCCGAUGACUAUUGUAGCAAAUGAUAUUUCGAGAUUGAUUCGUGAAGGGCCUGUUAAUAUCUGUAACAAAUAUUUUAUUUGAAUGUGUUAGCUGCAAAAAAUUGUUGCUAAUGCAGAUUACUUAUAAAGGGAAACGAUCAAUGUAAGAUAUAAGAUAUAAGAAAUUAUAAUAGUUACCUAUAUUUUUCCGUUGGUGGUUGUGUUUC